ACGAGAUCACUCACCACCCAGUUGCACAGGUCGUACUCGCACGUCGCACUCCGGUGAACUCCGGUGAACUCCGGUGCACGGUAGUGGUUCUUAUCAUCUCUGAUUUGCUCUGAUUGUCUCUCAGUUGCUGUCAGUGUGGCCACGAUGCCCGUUACUUCGUCACGUAGCCGACCGCUAUGUUUGCUUUUCACGCCUUAAAGUCUCGCUCGCGAUGCGUUAACAUUGUCGCGCGAAUCGGACGUUCGUACGAUCCCGACCGAUUCGUUCUCCAUGUCGCACGUGCAUCCCGUCGGCUUAAGAUUGAUUUACGAUAACGCGACGGGAAUGAGCUAUCCGUGGGGAACGGCGGUGCGGGACAUGGUUGGUUUUUGACAGGGAUUCCUCGAUGCGCGACUGCGAAUUUCCUCGCGAGAACGGGCGAGCUUGGAUAUCCUGGAUUCCCGUUGCUACUGAAUUCAGCAUUCUACCGUCGGCAGCGUGCCGCAAUGCCGAUGGCAGCGAGAGGAACUUCGAGCAGUGAUCCAUCUGUAAAAAUGUAUAUAAGAGACAAGUAAACAGCGAAAACUGUAAAUAUGUCGGCUUGAUUGCCUGCGCAAGAUGAGAUUCAAUAAGCAGGAGCUAUUGACUCUGGCUACGCAGCCUUCGCAAAAAUUCGAGAAAGAGGGUAUCCUGUACGUAAAAGAACGGCAAGAAGGCUUCUUUCGCAGGACGGAAAGUACAGGUAAAAAAUCCGAGAACAAAAAUCAGAAAGGAAGAUCGCAUAAAAGUCUACGAGAUCUCAAUUGCGUUACUGCCGGCUUGAGCAAAGUAAGUCUCGAACGAUGGUGCAGACUGCGAGGCAACCUUCUAUUCUAUUUCAAAUCGCGGGAACAGUGGUCGGAGCCGCUAGGAGUGAUCAUACUGGAACAGUGUACAGUUCGUGUGGAUCCGUCCAGCAACCAGGUUCCUUACGGAUUCAGCAUAGUUUUCGACGGAGGCUUGUUUCAACAGUUAGGCGCCAACACGGCCGAGGAACGGGACAGUUGGUUGCAGGCGCUGCAGCUGGCCAGCUACGAGUGUAUGCGGAGCCAAUUGUUGUCAUUGCGACAGCGCAUCGAGGCUUUCAGCGGGCACAAACACGACACCGAUAUACAGAUGUUGCGGCUGCAGCGCGGGACCUUCACAGAUCCGGCGGAAGUACCAAUGUGCGAGAUAUCACUAGCUUGCGACAAUCUGUUGUGUGAUGGACACGGCCGACCACCUACUCCCGUUUUAGAGAUAGAUGUACAGUCUAAAUCUUCCAAAACUUGGAUUAAGUAUGCACGAACGGAAGUUGUAGAGCGAAGUAGUAAUCCGAAUUUCUUAACUACGGUAAGCUUCCGAGCUAGCGAUGGAUUAACCACUGAAACGAAAAUUAGAAUAACCGCAUAUGAUGUCAGAGAAAGAGUUAGCCAAACUGCAACUCCAAUAGGAAGUGCGGUAGUGACAUUCAGUACAGUGCAAGACACUCCUAGAUUAAGGAUACCAUUAAAAUCAGCCAAAACAACGACAGUUGGAUUUUUAACAAUUAACGUGUGGAAUCUGGAAGCCGAGGAUAAAGGGAAUAGCACAGAGAGUACACCAUCGCGAAAUGCAGUAUAUAAUAGUAACAACCAACAACUGCCUUCGCAUAGACGUUCACAAUCGUUACCUCCAAGAUUAGGGACAAAAAUUAAGUUCCCACAUCAAGGCCAAUUAAAACUUCUCUUUGCGAAUCCAUUUGUGCAGACUUACAGAUUCCACUCCGGAUUAGGAGGUGAUAUAUGCGUACAUGAGAUUAUGGCAGAGAGUAAACUCUGUUUCCAAUUUCCACAACAUUUAUUAGCUAUUUGGAUACAGGAAGAAAAGGAAUUAUUACAAGAAGUAGCUGGAAUGGGAGAAUUGAGAGAGCCAUGGCAUACAAAACAAAUCGAAUUGCUUGAUCGUCAUCUUCACUUGUUACAUUUGUAUUCCCAAGCCAAAGAAAACUUAGCCGCCUACAAAGGGAGUUAUUUCAAGCAGUCGUCGCGUAAAAACGACCGUACUCUCGAAUUUGCGCCUUUGAAUUUACAUCUUCAACGAAUGUGGGUCCACAACGAUACAUUGAACAAGUGCGGAUUUUAUGAUUUUAUUAGCGUAGGAGCAUUUACAGCCCAUUCUCAUAAAAGUAAAAACGGCGGACUCAUAAGAUUGGUGCAGGCACUAAAAGAGUCGCCUAUGCGAAGUAAUCAGCUGUAUCAGGGAACAUCCAAAAUUACGAUGGCGCAUGACGCGAUCCAAGCGAUCAAACAAUUACGCCGGGAUGUUGUAGAAGCAAUGAGAUCCUUAAUGAAACUUGCCAAGGAGAAGCAGACGAGUGGCAUGCUGCCGAUAUGCGAGGAUAUGAUCACAAAAACUAGGAUCUUACUUAGUCUCUGGGAUCCCGGCUUAGUAGAGGAGGCUUUAACGUUUUUGGAAGAGUACAAAGUCGCGAAAGUCCAGGAGAACUCGACCUCAUCUUCGGACGACACUUUGACGCUGGACUUUAAAAUUAAUCAAUCCUUGUCACCCUUUAAACGAAUCACGCAGCAACUUAAUUUCGACUUAAAGAGCCCCGAUUUCGACGAUUUCGUUACGCCCGACACUCCUGAAUGCGUGCAAGAUAUCUGGUCGAAGAACGGCAUCAGAAAUGGCGAGUACACUUCCAUAACGUAUUCGAGAAAUGAGGCGCCGAACAAUAACACUGGCGAGAGCGACGUUGCAGAAGAGAAUUUUGUAAUAUUUCCGGAUGUGGAGGAUUAUCCUAAACAGGCAGAAGCGGAAAUCGAGAGUAUUCAGCGAAAUCACGACAACGAAAGAAAGGAAGGCUACGACGAUGAGAAGGAGGAUUUGAAGAACGAUACCGAUCCGUGCAAGCGUUUCUUAGACACUCAAAAAAUGUGCAAUUCGCCAUCCGCAAAUUAUUACAAACCUACAGACGAGCCGGAGCCGUGGGAUCUCACUCAAUUGAAUAUUGAGGCGAGCGUCAUGUGCCUCGUGUCUAAGGUAAAGUUUCUCUGUGGCAGAUGCAGCAGUCCAGCCGUACGAUUGCGUAACAAAGGUAGCUUGGGCAGAUCGCAGAGUUUAAAGGGCUGCUUGCCAAGCAAUCGGCAUAAUGUUGAAGUCGUUACCAUUCAGCCAAAGAACGGUAUCAAGUGCGAGGAGUCGAACAAAUUGCUUGAAGAAUCAAACGAGCUGCAACAGUCCAGCCCAGGAUUGGAGAAAUCAGCGCUCUCCAAGGCAAAGGAAGGGAUAACCGAUACUUAUCGUAACUCGUCUUCCAAUGAAGUGUGCCAAGCAGUCGAUUCGAUGACACGUGUGAUCAAAAGUAAUUCGGGACAGAGAAACAAGUUUACUGAAGGCCUAGACUUCGCAUCGAUUGUCGAUUGGACGAGCGAGCUCAGACCGAGCAUGAAGAAGCUGCGGCAAGCUAUGGACGGUCUGCUGAAAACUGCCAGACUGACACAUUCUGUAUUUCGCGUACAGGAGGAUUCAAAAACGGCGCAACGCGCUUGCAACGUUCGGUAUAGACGAGAUGUUUGCUUCAGUCAAGCGCUAACUGCCUUAGUAACCGGCAUAAUGGCGAAAUUAUGGUGUCAACGGCCUGACCCGAUGUUUCUGCUAAUACUUACAACUCUGGGACCAUUGGUCUCCUUUGAAGGCCUUCUUAGCUAUUACGGAGACGAGAUAGACAUGUGGGGUGACAUGGCUGUAGCGGUCGAAGACACGCAUACUGUCACGUUCACUCUGUCCAGAUGUGGUAUUCAACCGAGAGUUGAAGGAAAGUCUAAUGCAUUCCAGCUUCCUGUGCCGCGCGUAGUAGGCUCGCGAAGUGCGCUAACGGUGAUCCUCCCAGUUCCAGAUGCGAUUUAUUCUCUCUUGCCAUUAGUGCCCUCCUCAAGACAAACAUUGUCGUUCAAUGUAACUCCUGUAUUUUUCAAUGUCGGUAUCAACGAAAUGGCUUCCUUAGCCGAGAGCCUUGGCACCACAAAACCACAGGAGAAAAGCAAUAUGGACAACUUUGAUAGAUUGAACGAAUAUUAUUUAAGAUUUAAGAAACUGAAUUUACCAACCGAACCUACAUCUACGCGUUUUGCCGCUAGGUCAAUUCUGGGCCACACAUUGUCGGAUAUGAUGGUGAAUUUAAAAACGUGUGUACAAGAAAGAGUCAAUAAGAAUGUAGAAAUCUUGCAAUUGUCCUCGCAAAUAUGUCGAAGAAUGCGUGGUUUGAGAUUCACCAGCUGCAAAAGCGCGAAAGAUCGGACUAGUAUGUCCAUCACUCUUGAACAAGUUAAUAUAUUGUCAUCGGAGUAUCAUCUGGCUGAACACGAGUACAUGAGGGCUCUCGAUUGUAUGCGAAGCGAGGGCUGUCGCCGGGAGAACACGUGGAAGAAUAUCGGUGUGCGCAAGUAUGCGUUCAACAGCUUGCAGAUUCUAACGCUGCCUAGACUCUACCGACCGCCGACCGGCACGUACGGAUCUGCCCAGACUUAAGGAGGAAUCCAAUUAGCGUUAUGUACGCACAUUGCACAAAAUUAAGUUUGACUUUCUGGCUGUGUAAUCGGAUUAACUUCCGUAGUAUGUGCUAAGUAUAUAGUACUUGUUACAGAGUAGCAGAUUCUGAAGAUGCGUUUAAGUGACGUAAUUCUUUAGAGAAUUUAUUGGGGACACGCGAUUGGCACGUGUUAGGCAUAUGAAAUGCCCCAACCAGGGACGUAGCAAUGAUAACAAAAAGAAAAAGCUUCGGCAUUCGCUUUUUAUUUUUAUUUUUUUCGUUAAGAUUGCUUUUUGUUUACGCGUGAGAUUCAACUAAUUGUUGUGUAUAGAAAUUUAUAUAUUUUGUUUUUGAUCAUAAGAGCUAUAGCUACGCCCCCUCCCAUCCCUAAGGCAUAAUUUAAGUGCAUUAUUGCCUAAAUUUGCAAUGUAGAACCGAUGUGAAUUAACGUGAGUUUGGUUCUAUAAAAUAUAAGCGGUAAAUUAUUUACAUAAUGUGUAUUGUAAUGGGGCUAGCCGGAAAUGCAGGGUGAAUAGGAUUAGAAUGAAAAUUUUCUUGCCGUUUCCAUUCUUGUAUCUUUUGAAAAUUCUUUCAAUUUCUAUUGUUUUCUCUUAUCUGUUUCUAUUAUACAGGUUUUUAAUUUUGGUCCAAUUCACCCUUCACCUCCAUCCCGCGAUUGUUAGCGAGUUUUUGCAAUAUCAUAAACACCUUGAAUGCUAUAAACGCUAAAUUCGCGUCUUUGGUAUAAA